GAGUGGGCAUGAGUUGCGCUGCAUGGAACUAUCUCAGUUCCGUCGCUCGCUCUGUGUACCUUUUCCAUACCGACCUCCACGCCCAUUCUUCAAGCCGCCCCGGCGGCUCAGACCUCGACCAGGCAGCUUCCAGCAGCGUGCCUGCUUGGCAGUGAUGGCUGCGACAGCAACGCGGCAGAUCAUGGCGAAGCAUGGCGAGAAGCUGUCAGAUGAGUACGCGAACAGGAUACCCAACACAGACGCGGAGAUCCUGAACUUUUUUCUGCGUUUCCUGUCAGAUCAAGGCCUGCCAAUGGUGCCCGUCUUCAUCAACGGUGGCUACGUCAGGGAUCUUCUCCUGGGCAAAGAGCCGGACGACCUCGACCUCUCGCUCUGCCUCCGUGAUUGCCCAGAGGAGGUUACAGUCGCCUCCCUUCUGGAUGAGAUGAAAACCUAUGUGGAGAGCAGGCCCGAGUUUGGCAUCACAGAGUUCAAAAAUGCUACAAUCCUCUCCAACGAGUCCAAGGACAAGCAAUUGGAUACGUUCAAGGCCCACUUCACCAACCAGGAUGGGGUCAAGACAGAGGUGGAUGUGAUGCCAACAAUCGGCGAGGAGAAGUACUGUGAUGACAACAGGAUCCCAAUUCGGGAUCAGCGAGGGCUACCUGAGGAGGAUGCCCUGCGGCGCGACCUUACCAUUGGAGCCUUGCUGUUGCGUGUGCAGCACGCGAAGGGUGGAGAUUCCGACCUGCAAUUCGAACUCUUGGACUUCUACGGUGGUGUGGAUGACAUCCGGCUUGGCGUCCUGCGGUCUCCUUGUCCCCUCAAGAAGAGCCCAUCGGAAGUGGCCGACGUGGUGCUCAGGACAGCGGAGGACAAAGAGCUCGCCAAGCACCUGGGGAUAGAGGAGUUGUCCCCAGAGGAGGCUGUACAGAUCCUUUGGUGGGGCAAGGUGCUCAUCGACGACCCUUUGCGGAUUUGCAGGGCCUUCCGCUUUGCCGCAAAGUUCAAGUUCAAGCUGCAUCCAGCAUUUUGGAUGGCAGCGCCAUUUGCGCUUGAGCCUUUGCGAACUAAAGUGGCUGGAAGUCGUAAGUUCACCGAGUAUCACAAGAUCGGAGGCUACGGCUUCACGGCCUGCGUGGAGUUCUUCGAGCUCGCCUUCAGCAAGACCUUCGGGCCCCAGGACUCCCUACGGCUCACUUCAGCACUGCUGGGCGGCCAGGAUGGCAAAGGUCAUGCGCAAAUGAUCUCGCAGGUGAAACACUUCAAUGCCGAGGUGUUUCAAGCCUUGGCGGAGAAGGUGAAACCAAAGGAGG